AUGCAUACGCCGAUUUUCUAUCUUUUGGCUCUUCUGCCGGUGGCACUAGCCUCUUACUGUGGACAGUCUGCCAUUCCAUACACCUUCCAGGUGCUACGAUCUGGAUUCCCUGUAUUAGGAUGUGCCCGGCCAAAGUGUUUCGGAUGGACUGCUAACGGAACCAGAGCUGGAGAAACCGCUCAAUUCUACAGAGUCGCUGGCAAGGACGAUGGAUACUUGAGAAGAUCCGAUCAAUUCAUCAAGAACCCAAGCAAGAAUCCAAAUUUUGUUCCACAAUUGGCUAUUUGUACCGACGAGUAUAAAUCCAAUACUUGCGAAGAAGGAGAAUGGGUUGGAGGACUCUCCCCACAAUCCGAUCCUUUCACCGACAAACUUGAGAUGAAAUGCUGCAGUUACCAAGUCCUGAUCAACUCGCAGGAUCGUGGAAAUGCAGUCGUCAAGCAGGGACAAUUGGUUGUCGGAGGAGAAGUUUUGGACGACGGCAAACUAGUCGCCUUCGAUUACAUCUCCAACUUGAGCAAGACUGUUUCCAAAAACGGAACCGUUGUCUAUGUGGCCACCAUCAAGAGAAUGCCAUGUUUUGAUGAGGAACAAACUGAAACCAAGAAGCAGGAGAACACCAUUGUUGAAGCUGCAGCCGCUGUUGAGCCACCAGCUACAUCUACAACAGCUACACAACAACCAGCUGCCACAGUCCCACAAGUUCAAGGAACUCAAACCCUCAAUAUCCAGCCAUACGCUCCACAACAGCCACAAGCCCUCCCUAAGAACUCUGUUCCUACUGCCACUUACGGACAGUUCUCCCAACAAGCUUAUGGAGUCGCUCCAAAUGGACAAUAUUCUGGAUAUCCACAAUAUGCUCAACCACAGGCCCAACCCCAACAGCAACAACAGCAACAGCCACAACCACAGUACUACCAAGAUCCAUUUGCUGCUAUGAUUCAACAGCAACAAGCUGCUCUACAACAACAACAAGCUCUUGCUAACCAACAAUUCCAACAACAACAACAGCAACAGCAGCAACAAAUGGCGUUCGCUCCACUUCCACCAUUCCCACAACCAAUGAUGUUCCAACAACCACAAAUCGUUCAAGUCGCUGCUCCAGGAACCGCUGGAGCCGCUGGAGCAACCUCCCCACAAGUCGUUGCCACAGGAGCCGCAGCUGGAGCCGCCCCUGCCGCCGCCCCACAAGUCGUUGCCGGUGUUCCAGCCGCACAAAUGCCACUUGCAGUUCUUCCAGUUCAAAUGACAUCCACCAUGGCGCCAAUGACUCUGCCAAAGCUUGAAGAUCUGCCGAAACUUCAGAUUCCAAGUGUUGAAGAUGUUGAGCAAGUGAUUCCACCAGUGCAACGCGCUAUUCUGACAAGUGUUGCCAAGUUCUUCGGAGUUCUUUAA